CUCAUCAGUCACCUUUCUUCUUCAGGGUUCAAAUUAAAAAUAGUACAAAUUUUAAAACCCGCCAUUACGGAUAAACACACAAAAUUGAAAAUUCUCUUACAAAAAGGCGCCAAAGUUUGAAUCAUCAUAAAUUUCACACAGAAGAAGAAAGAAAGAAAGAAAGAAAGAAAGAGAAGAUAAACACAACACAAUACACAUCUCACUAGAGACACUCUCCGGCCUCCACUCCUCCUGUGCUCGCCGCCACUGCUGCUGCUUUUGCUCCUUUCCCUCGCGUUCGCCGUGUGUUUGCUAAGUUAGUGGUCGGUGGUGCUCCGUCGUUCACCUGUGUUUCUCCGCCAUUCGCGUCUGCCACUGCCCCGCCAUUCACCUCUGCUUCUGCUCCGCCAUUUCUUCCGCUUCCUCUCUCUCCUUCGGUUGUCUCUUUUUGAUGGGUUAAAGAGAAACUGGUAAUAGCAGCAAAGUUUUAGAGUGGGAUGGCAAAAUACUAUGAUAUUGAUGAUAUUAUCACAGAGGAAGAGAUUGUGUCAGUUAUAUUUCAGAAGCCAGCAUCUGGAGUGGGGAUAGAUCCCAGUUCUGAAACAGACUUUAUUGAAACAGGUUCAAAAGUUGAACUGCCUUUUUGGCUUGCUCAUGAACUACAGUUGAGACAAGCAGUAUCAGUCCAUGUUCCUCCUUGUUUCAAUCAAAAAACAAGGUUAGAGAUCCAGGCUGAUUCUGCAAGUGUGGAUUUGAGGUCUAGAUGUCCAUUCUUCUAUGAAUUUGGUUGCAAGAUAGCACCCAUAGUUAGUGAUAGAACCAUUGGGUUUCUGUUGUUGUCGGCAUUCAAGAGUAGGUACAAGGAAGUUCUCACCAAGGCACAUACUACAGCAUUUGCAGCUGGUUCCAAAUUCUGGACUAUUUUGACAAAAGAAGAGAUCAGUUUGUAUGAGGCAGCUCAAGCUGCAAUGGUAUCCUUCAAGAAGUGGCGAAGGGGCGGACCUAGAUUCCAGAUAGCUUCCAUUCUGGCAAGAAAGAGAAAAUCAACUGACUAGUUGCUUUCUGAGUUCUAAGUUCAUGCUUUUGGACAGAUUCAUAUAAAUCCAGAUUAUUACAAGAUGUGUAAUGGUCUAAUGGACAAAUGAAAUCUUAAAUUAUUGAUGUUAACAACACUAUGCACACUAUGUACAAUUUGUUGUCAUGGUCAAAUUAUUGGUUAAUGGUAAGAACUAAGGAUGCAUCAAAUUUGAGCAAUGAAAUAGAAGCCUUCAAUAGCAGAGUCAAGUCAUGGCGAAAUAAGCUUUGAGUAUUCCAGAGAAAGUCAUAGCGACACAAUUUGUUUAUCAGUUUAUCAUCAAUGAUAGGAGUUAGGGAGUAUACUAAAGUAUUCUGCUAAGGUAAAGAUGCUGAAAUACCCUUACUUCUCUUCUAUUAUUAGUAUUUUUGUCAUUAUAAUACUUACCCACACUACACACAACAAUAAAGGGUUCAUGUUCACAAUUAGACUCAACCAGCUCUCGAACCCAGGUGUAGCCUUUUUAGAGG